ACACCGGCCGCACUGACACACCGGCCGCCGCCGCCGCACCGUAUCGUCUCGUUGCUCUCCGCACGGCCCACACGACGUCACCGCUGCCGUCGUCAUCGUCGUCGUCGUCGUCGUCGUCGUCGUCCGUGUUUCUGUGUGCCCGUUUGCGCGCGCGUCCGUGUGUGAGUGUCAGCAACUAGCCGCCACUGUGAACCGCGCGCAGCAGUCACACACCGCUUCAGUACGCGGUCCGCCGUCUGUUGUGUUCGGCCGCACGUCGUUACAACGCGUUGUCGUCACCGCCGCCGCUUAUUUUUCCGUUGUCACGCGUAAUUUUUCCUCUAUGCGUUUUCUUCUCUACCUACUCAAAGGAAACAAUAAUAUUAUCAUCGAUAAUCGCGUCCGUCGUUGUGUAUAAUAAUAUUAUAUUAACUCGUUGUUUAUAUAUCAUACGACAAUUAUUAUUGUGCGAUAUUCGAAGAAAAUACAAUUUUUGGAUCCUUAAUUAUUUUGUUACGUUUAAAAAAAAAUGUUUGUGUUUUGCUAGCAAGUGUGUUUUUUUCAACGCCGUGUAACACGUUAUACCUAUACUUAAAUCCACCUACUCACACUAAUGCGAAUCAUCCGACGCCGACCACCCACACCAGUGUCGCAGAACGGUUAAUAGUUAAAAAAUUUUUGAUCUAUAUCCGAGUUUUUAAAAGUGAUAUUCCACUCGAAUUCCGCGUGUGUGUUCCGAUUUCGACUGUUUGAUGGUUAUACACGGAGCCGCCACGGGAAUCGCUCCAGCCGACAUUCAUCGGACCACUGAAUCGUUAUUCAAUACCGGUAAUGGCAGAGUGAUCGGCGCCCCGCUACGCAUGCGCCGUCCAGAAGACCAAUCGCCGAGCGCUGCUAGUGCCGGACUCAUGAUGGAGGUGUGGGCUUCAGUAGCGUCGUGGUUUCUACGGCCUGAGAUGGCCGGAGCCAGCGUGCCGCCGAUUGUACCACAACCACCCCCCAUGCCCAUCCGACCUUCCCGGACAUCUUCGGAUCCCCCGCAAAUGGCUAUGCCACCAACCAUAUGCACCGCCAUCAGAUGUACGGUACCGGGAUGCGUGUGCGAUUGUUUUACACCCGGCAAACUUCACAUACGAUUCUGCGACGCAUGCGGUCACGGAUGGGUCCCACACGCUCUCGACAAGUUGGGAUUCGGCGGAGCUUCUUUGGGAAACGGUGCCGUGGAGCCUAUCCAACCGAACGUGGCUUUUGACAUCGCCAGUCUGGUGCUUUACGGCUGUCAGGCCCUGCCGAUAAGACUCAAGAUCUUGUUAGACCGAUUGUUUAGCGUUCUCCGUCAAGACGAAGUGUCAGCCGUGCUCAGAGGGUUUGGUUGGACGCAUGAAGACUACGCCAGGGGUUAUAUAUUACAGGAACCACUUGGUGGUGGAAUUUUGGAACGUUGGAAUAUAUGUAGCCCGGAAGAAGAACCUCUUGUGCUGCAACAGUUUUUGAGAUUCGGCGAAACUCGAGCAGUUACACAACAAUUGCUGUUGCACGGCUUAGGUGCUGAUUUUCGGGCUCUACCUGCCCUGGAGACUGACAUGAAGCGAUUAAUGGAACGCCAGAAACAGCAAUUAAACAAUGACCAUAAGUCCGGAUUUGACAUUAAUAAGUUCCGGACACGGACACCUCCCCCUCAAUCAAUACCAUUGUUGCCGCUACCACUGCCGCAAAUUACACCACGGCUUCAACUAAAUAGUUCACCACCAUCGCCACCAAAACCAGUGUUUGGGUUCGCCAAGCCACCUGGUGGACUCCCGAUGCUGCAGCCACCACCAGUCGGUAAUAAUGCUUGUAAUGGAACAGGUUCCCCGCCAGCUGGUAGCCCUACUAGUAGUGUAUCGCCACUCAACAAGCUGCAGAACAUGCAGCCGUUUGACUUCCGAAAGAUGCAGUCGGCUGCAUCUGGGUUUGGCAAUGGCAAGCCUUUGCAGGUCCCAUCGGGCCGACGAUCAAAUAACUCAUCCACUGACUUACUGCCACCACCUCCACGCCCAAGCCAGCAACAACAACAGCAACAGCAGCAACAACAGCAACAACAACAGCAGCAGCAACAGCAACAACAACAAAACGACUUCAACAAUAAGUACGGUCCACCCGACAGCUUGGCUGGCAGUAGUGAUUUCGGUUCCGACGAUGGUGAUGAAGAGGAAGAAAACUCACAGAGCGCGUUGAAUCUCAGCAAAGACAGCGCUCCGAAAGCGUUACGUCCCCAUCGAGGUCAUGUUCGCAAAACUCAGCAGCCGUUAAAAAGACAGUGGGGAUCAGCUGGAUUGCCAUUGAAUUUAGGUACUCAACUAAUCAAUCCGGCUACUGGCAAAAAACGCGUUCAAUGUAACGUUUGCCUCAAGACGUUCUGCGACAAAGGGGCUCUGAAAAUCCACUUUUCCGCAGUCCAUUUGCGUGAGAUGCACAAAUGCACCGUAGAAGGGUGCAACAUGAUGUUUAGCUCUAGACGUUCUAGAAACCGGCAUAGUGCCAAUCCUAAUCCUAAACUCCACUCGCCACACUUACGUCGGAAAAUAUCACCGCACGACGGGCGCAGCUCACAAGCCCACCACCCGAUGGUUAUAACUCCACUACAGGCGUCUGCAAUGAAUCAAUUGGCGUUUGGAGCAUUUCCACUAUUGACCGGUGGCUCUGACUUAAGAGCUUCUGGAUCCAAACACAGUUCCGCGUCAGGUCUACAUCUAGCCGAAGAAUUACGCCGUUCGGCAGAAUUUUCAUCCGACAACAUGGACGAGUACAUGGAUGACGAAGAAGAUGGAAUCGUUGUUGACGGUAAUGCAGUAGACGACGAUGAAGAUGAUUCAGAGCACCGAAGUGACCGGAGCUGCAAACGAAUGUCUGAAGAUUCUGAAGACGACGGUGGUAGCACCGCAGCCGAACCACAGAGCAACCAUCAUCAUCUGAAUAACAAUAACAACAUAAACAAUGACAACAACAACGACCGGCCACCAAUAGUAGCCAUCAAGAACGUGCACAAACGGAAAAGCAUGAAUCCGACAAGAUUUGCGGCCGCAGCUGACCUCAGCGAUGAAGGUAUGUCCUGCGCGGACGAUUACGGUUCGGUCGCGUCACCCAAGGAUAACAACAACGACGUAGCUCCCGCUGUCUGCAAAUUAGAACCCAAUCUAACUGACGAAGAUGAUGGUUGCUUAAACCUGAGCAGAAAACGGUCAUCACCCAGUCCCGUAACGGCGGGCGGUGGUGGUGACGGUGAGGGAAGUGGCAGACAGUCGGUGGUGGAAGGAGUAGGUGGUGGUUCAAGAGAUUCGCUACUGUCUGAAGAGGACGACGGUCUGUUAGAAGAAGACGAGGAUUUGGAUGACGACGUAGACGACGACUUGGACUUAGAUGACGACUUGGAUGAGGAUGCGGAUGACUUGGACGAGUGCGACUCCGACAGCGAUGGCAACCAUCGAGUGUAUGGCGUGUUUGAGAACGGUCGGUUCGUGGCCACAGACGACGUGCCUAUGGACAAAGACAACCCAUGUACCUGCAUGGCGUGUGGAAAAAUCUUUCCUAAUCAGUUCGGUGUCAAGUCCCAUUACCAACGAGUGCACCUGAAGCUAAUGCAUAAGUGCGUAGUGGACGGCUGCAACGCGACGUUCCCAUCCAAGCGGAGCCGGGACCGACACAGUUCCAACCUAAACCUACACCGGAAACUGUUGUCCACAUCGUCGCCGUCGUCGUCGACGGCGGAACCACCUCGGCAACAGCCCCAUCACCGUCAGCCACCGUUGCUACCACCAUCGCAGCAACCGAUCCAGAAGCAACUCCAACAGCCUUCGGUCUCGCUGCCGCCACCAGCACCGUCGUCGCAGCAACAUCCGCAGCAGACUCAUCCAGUGCCGGCACCUGCAGCCAGCAGCGCCGCCACUACCGCCGCCAAUAUCAUGGCGGCUGCCGCUGACAACCCGUAUGGCAUGCACGCCGAGUUCUUGGCUCGUUUGUACGCAGAUUCACAGCAACAGUUCCAGGCGUUCGCAGGUGGCAAUGGACUGAUGCAGGUUCCUCCACAGUUUUCCGGCGCCACGUCUGUUGGCUCACCGUUCAGGCAUUUGCCCGCCGCCGCAGCCGCGAUGGCGAUGGCGGCUGCGUCUGCGGCCAACGGCUGUGGCAGUGUGACAUCACCACCGUCCGCCGCUCGACUGGUGUACUCGGCAGAUGAGGACUUGCCAGCCACGCCUGACAAAGAGAACGGCAACAUGUAUGCGUGCCGAUUCUGCAGCAAAUCGUUCCCAGACAAGAACGGCAUGCGUGAACACUACGAACAGUUGCACAUGCACGAAAUGCAUCGGUGCAAGAUGCCCGGGUGUGGUAUGGUGUUCAGCUCUCGAACCAGGCGAAACGCUCAUGUGGAGAACAGCCACCAGCAGCAGCCGGCCCUGUCCGCAGGCGCACAGGCCGCCACAUCGUGACCUCGACCCACGCCUCACCACCAGCGAUUUCCUGUGCCACCCCCCUGGUGGUGGUAAAUGUCGCAUGAACGUGGUAUUAACUAUAUAAUAUUAUUAUUAAUAUCAUACCAGUUAAUGUGGUAUGAUAUGUUUUCAUUACGAUACUCUUAUAAUCAGUCCCCACCUAUCGCUCGUCUUCCCUUUUCACUCACCAUCCCCUACUAUGUAUGUUAUUCCCGAACGCCCGUUGUAAAGUGUUUAAGAAUUUAAUUGUUAAGUCCACGCAGCAAUCUUUUUACUUUCGUCUGGUGCUCAAGUCAAACGUAUAACUUCAUCAUCAUCGUCUGCGUGUACAAUAAAAUAAUAAUUAAUAAAUUAUAUACGAGUAUAUUCCAUAUACUCAAUUAUUAUACGACUCGUAUAUGCUAUUCGACUUACGAUUAUAUAACGUGUUCCCGCCAACCUCAACCCCUAAAGUUUUACGAAGCGAAUUUUUAUUAUAUAAACUUUAUUAUAAUUAUUACAUAUACGUAUACGAUGUAUGAAAAUAUGUGAUUCAUUUUUGUUAAUAUAUAUUUAUUAUAAUAUUUACUAUUAUUAUUAUUAUUAUUAUUAUUACGAUUUAUAUAUAUUAUUAUAAACGAUUUUAUAUCGUCAUGGCUGUUCUACUUAUGAACAUUAUUAUUAUUUUUUUUUAUCGUAGAAUACAUUAAUUAUUAUACAUAAUAUUAUUUAGAAAUGAGUAGAGACAAAUGCGCGUAAACAAUAUGUACGACUAUUAAUUUUAAUAUACCUAUACCUAUGCUAUGUGUACAUUGUUUUUACAUAUUAAAGGUUGUGUUUGAAUAUAUAUACAUAUAUAUAUAUAUAUCAUAUUAAUCUAGUGAAAUAUCUUUUUGUAAAUAGGUAAGAGUAGUUUAUUUUAGAUAGAUACGUUUAUUAUCUUGUACUACGCAAUAUAAAAACAAUUUAUAGUGAGUUUUUAAUAAUUAUUAUAUUAUUAUUAUUAUUAUUAUUAUUGUACAUAAAAUAUAUUUCGUUUAACACGUGAUACGCGUUAUCCAUUAUUGCAGUCACCGCCGUAUAUGUAUACAAUUAUAUGUGUAAAUAUUAGGUAUAUUAUAAUAUGUAAUACGUCAUAGGCAUAUUAUACAAACAUUGUAAGUUAUAUUUUAUACAUAUACACGCGGUGUGCGUGCGUGUAUAAUAAUGAUACGCGUAAGCAUUUCUCUCUCGACUUAAUCAAAAACAAAAAAAAAAAAAUGCAAAAAAAAUAUCUGAUAUAAGAAAUUUGAUAAUAUUUACUAGUCCUUAUCUUUUAGAGUGUAUUUUGUAGGUACGGCAAUAUUAUUGUAAUAAUAAUAACUUUGUACGUCUUACAAUGUAUUAUUAAUUGUAUAUUACGUUGUGUAGACGUACGUUUUUGUGCAGUAUAAUUGACAAAAAUAUAUAUUAUUAUUAUUAUUACUAUUAUAUAA